UAUGUAGAUGAGAAGAGAGCAACAGAGACGAAGAGAGAGAGAGAGAGAGAGAGAGAGGUUGGGAAAAGACUAGCACCUCUAUCCAUCAGCCGCGAGCAUCCUGCGGGAAGUCACUUCCAGCGCGCGAGCGUUCAGUGCGGCAUUUCUGUCCGUCCGAGCAAAUGGAUCAUUAAACAGAGCAGGAUGUAAUAGAGGACUACAAAUCAGCCUUUAUUUCUUUACGCUUGCGCUAAUUACGCUGGUUAUUUUAUUUUUAAUAAGGUUCAUUUGUCACUUGUGUUCUUGCUUUGUCAGUUUUGCUCAUUAAUGCGCGGAUAUCGGCAAACACUUUCAAAGUGAUAUAGGGGAAAAUGUCGAAAAUGUAGCUGUUGAAUUAAAAGUUGAAUGAUUUUUCAUGGAUGGGGUCUAACCUAAUGUCAAGCUGGUUGUGAACGUGUUUGAUCUGGUCCCCUCGACCCCAGACGGAGUCCCCAUGGCUGCUGGAGUGGCAGCCUGGCUCCCCUUUGCUCGGGCGGCGGCCAUAGGAUGGAUGCCUGUAGCCAACCUGCCCAUGCCUGUUGCACCAACCAAUAAGAACAAGCGACAGGAUGAACUUAUUGUCCUUAACGUCAGUGGCCGACGCUUCCAGACCUGGCGAAACACUCUAGAUCGCUACCCUGACACGCUUUUAGGGAGCUCCGAAAAAGAGUUUUUCUUCAACGAGGAGACUAAGGAAUAUUUCUUUGACCGAGAUCCAGAUGUGUUCAGAAGUAUUCUCAACUUUUACCGUACAGGGAAGCUGCACUUCCCACGCUACGAGUGCAUCUCUGCAUACGACGAGGAGCUGGCAUUUUUCGGAAUCAUUCCUGAGAUCAUCAACGACUGCUGUUACGAAGAGUACAAGGACCGCAAGAGGGAGAACUUGGAACGUCUCAUGGAUGACCUUGAGGACAACAAAGACAAAAAACCUCCUAACAUGACUUUCCGUGAGACCAUGUGGAGGGCCUUCGAAAACCCACACACUAGCACCAUGGCCCUGGUUUUCUAUUACGUUACCGGGUUCUUCAUUGCCAUAUCUGUCAUCACCAACGUGGUCGAGACAGUUCCAUGUGGUUCCAUGCCGAAUCAGAGAGAAAUUCCCUGCGGGGAACGCUACACAGAGGCGUUUUUCUGCAUGGACACAGCGUGCGUAAUGAUCUUUACAGUGGAGUAUCUGAUGAGACUGUUCGCAGCGCCCAGCAGGUACCGGUUCAUGAGAAGCGUAAUGAGCAUUAUAGACGUGGUGGCAAUCCUGCCGUAUUACAUCGGGCUGGUCAUGACCAACAACGAGGACGUGAGCGGAGCUUUUGUUACGCUUCGAGUCUUUCGCGUCUUCAGGAUCUUUAAAUUCUCCCGGCACUCCCAGGGUCUCCGAAUCCUUGGCUACACGCUGAAAAGCUGCGCGUCCGAGCUUGGCUUUCUCCUCUUCUCCCUCACCAUGGCCAUCAUCAUCUUUGCCACCGUAAUGUUCUACGCUGAGAAAGGCUCCUCGUCCAGCAAGUUCACCAGCAUUCCAGCCUCCUUCUGGUACACCAUUGUAACCAUGACGACACUGGGGUAUGGAGACAUGGUCCCUAAGACCAUAGCAGGAAAGGUGUUUGGCUCCAUCUGUUCUCUCAGUGGGGUGCUGGUCAUCGCUCUGCCUGUUCCAGUAAUCGUUUCAAACUUCAGUCGUAUUUACCAUCAGAACCAGAGAGCUGACAAGCGCCGGGCUCAAAAAGUUCAGAAAGCCCGACUGGCCCGAAUGAGAAUUUCCAAGAGUGGCACUUCUGGCGCCUUCCUGCAUAGCAAGCGAAAUGGACUCAACCAGUCAUUGGAGCUAACGCAGAUCCCCUAUUACAAGAUGAAACUUUCACCACAGGACUCCAUGGAAGGAGACCAACAGCUGAAAAAACCCACAUCUAUGUUGGAAAGUCAACAUCAUCAUCUUCUUCAUUGCCUGGAGAAGACCACGAAUCAUGAGUUUGUGGAUGAGAGGCUGUAUGAACAGGGCUAUCUGCAGACAGCACUACAAAACUUCCCGUCACAGAGCCCAUCUCUGUCCAGUGAAGAGGGCGUCACGGGCACCUGCUGCUCUCGAAGAAACAAGAAAAACCACCAGGCUCUCAAUGCCACGCAUUCACACACACACAACCUGCAGGAGCUCAGCGCAUUGCAUAUCCAGUGUGGGGAACAGCAAAGGUUUAAAACCAGUCGUUCCAGUCUAAAUCUGAUGUCAGAUGAAUCGGGGAGCAUGAACUGCAAAAGCAGUGGACUGGUUACCACGGCAAUCAUCAGUAUCCCCACCCCUCCCUCGAACAACUCUCGAGCCAGUCCGGAUGCCCCGCUCCCUCCAACCCCCGAAGCCCCGCCUUUUCUGAAUCCCAGCACUGAUGUGGUGAAAAUCUCGGCACUCUGAAGGAAAACGGACCUCAGGAAAAGAAACUGAUGAGUAGCCUGCCCCUUAGUGGGAGAAGGAGUGUACUGACUCAAACUUCCUGCAAGAAAAAGGAAAGAUGAAAAGGAUGCGUGUGUAAAAGAAAGAGAGAGCAGGACAACCAUGAGUAUUCGAUCCACCUCCAUCAGGACUGAGAAGAUGAGGGUGUCACUGUGCAUAAAACAUUUUUCCUUUUCCUGUAACUUUUUCUGUUGUGUCAUGCAGUUUUUUUUAAUCUGCAAAGAUUCAUUUUUUUAACUAGAGAUGAAGGGAAGAAGUCUUGUAAACACUUUUACCAUCUGUGACUCAUGUUUAUUAUUUGUCUCUUAAUCACAGACAGCCUCUCAAAGCCUCGGCUUUCUUUAUCCCAGAUAUGUUUAAUUUUGAUCUAUACUUAAUCCUUAAAGGUUAAGCGAUGUGACUGUAUGAGUGCGACAGUGUUUCUUAGACUAGUUUUUAUUUUUGGAAUAUCUGAUUUUGUGGGUCAGAUUUAGGCAUAACUUGAAUGUUUCUACCCCGUGUGCGUACGUGUGCGUUACUGAAUUUUCCCUCAAACUCUGAGCUUAUUACACAGUUUGUGCCUCUCAGGGGGAGGAGACUUCCCCUCUUCUUUAAGCCACUGUCAACCCCUGAGCCCAAAAUGCUGAGUCGACUUUGUAACGUCAGACCUAUCACGCAUCACUUUGUAAUAUAGAACCAAAAAACGAGAGAAACAUGAAAGUGUUUUUGAAAACUCUGUGACUACAAGCACAAGGCAUCGCUGAGAUUUUGUGAUUAUGAUGUGUACCGAGCCUUGGUUUAACUGUGAAUAUUGUUGAUAGAAUAUUUUGUAAUAUUUAGCCAUUGUUUGGCAAAACCAGAGCAACUGCCUACCCCGACCCUUUUAUGUCUCCCCGUCCCUUUGUGUCUGCCCCGCCCCUUUUCUCUGUCCACUGCUGGCCUGCUUCUUGUAGUUGUUCUGAUCUAAGUGUUAUUGUCAUUAUGGCUCAAUGGGUAUUAAACGUGUCUAGUUUGCGUAAACCUUACAUGGGUAGGAAAAAUUUUGAUGUUUGUGUUUUUCAUCAGCAGUGAAUGUUUUUCUUCAUUCUAGAGUUUCAGUGAUUUAUUGCCGUUAGAGAAGAUACUAACAACUGUAACCAUACAGAGCUAUUCUCCACUGAGUUAUAAACUCCCUCCAUUUCUGUCUGUGUCUUUGUCACCCAUGUUCAGGAAAAAUAAUAGCAUUGCCAAUUAGAGAGUUCAAGUUUGUGGAUGUAUUGAAUGUCUCUGUUAGUAUGUGUUGUUUACAAUUUGAGAAUUGUGUUCACAGAUACAAACUUGAGAAUUGCCAGCAAUCAACCUCCCCGAAUUUCACCUGUUGUCCAGUAAGCCCCGCCCUUUACAUAAUCCCAUGCCUUUCCCUUAAUCUUCAUUCACUUGUGCCUCUGACACCAGCAUACAUAGAAAUUGACCCUCCAUAAGACUCAUACCUGUUUUUUUUUUUUUGUUGUUUUUUGGCAAAUGACCAGUUCUCUUAAGACAUUACAAGCCAAAUUUCCAUGGAGUAUUUCAAAAGGAACAUUGAUAAUAUGUUAGUUUACAUAACAGAAAUACUGGUAUGUAAAAAGUAUCAUUAGUAUUACAGGGAAAAGCACAUUGUGACAUAUAUCAGGGUAUCUGGCCCACAUUAUUCUUUACCAGGUUUUGUAAACUCUUACAAAAUUGUUCUUUAGUGGCCCUGUGUUCAUACGGCCACUAUCUUACUGUUUGUUGUAUAUACAAUCCAUGACAAACCUCUAAGCGCCGCUAUAAAAAAUAAUCUGCAUAUUUUGUUCCAAAUUAUGUUUGGUCCCAUUGUGAUUUAUUGAUUUUUAUGGAUGUACAUAAUAAAUGGGAAAUAUGGAAAUAGUGUAAUUCAUCAGAAGAGACACUGUAUGGCCAAUAGAUUCAGAGUUUUACAAUAAUAAAUGUUAAGUAUUGGGUCACUUGUGAUCUUCACAUUGGAGAGCAGUAAUGUGUUCAAGUAACUUUGACUUUGUCUUUACAUGCAGCCCGAAAGGAGACGCUGGAUAAAUACAUGUGAUAGAAGUUAAAAUCGAACAGCUUUGUAAUCAUUCAUUUGUGCAGUCCCUUCAGAUGACAGAACUGCUUGUUUUCAGUAUAGUGGAGUUCUGUAUGUGCGCAUUUACAAACAUCAAGGGUCUUUUUUCUUCCUUCCUCUGUGUGUCUGUGCUUUUACUCUCUUUGCUUUGUUUUGUUUUUUGUUUUUUUUAAUAGUCAUGUUGUUCUAUUUAACAGAUUCCUGUUCACUGUCAGAUGUUAAAUAUUAUUUAUGAUCUUGUCUUGUGUCACAGUUGUGAAACGCCUGAUAAAUUAAUUGUAUCUGCCACAAAUCUA